CUCAUUUGGUCGUUAGCGGGGCUUCGCUCAUAGCUCCGCCUGUAGAAACAUCCAGAAGCCUGCGUGCUCUAGAUUUAUUUCACCUACUCCACCACCUCUCCUUCCUUCGCGUUCACAAACGACCAUUUCUUGUUAUUGAAUUCUUUGAUACCCGCUUCCACAACUCUACAUUUCCAAUCGCCAUGGCUGACGCCCUGAAAGCCGAAGGCAACAAGCUCUUCGCCGCGAAGAAGUUUGAGGAGUCUAUCGAGAAGUUCUCACAAGCCAUCGAGCUUGAUCCCUCAAAUCAUGUCCUCUACUCCAACCGCUCCGGCGCCUACGCUUCGCUAAAAGAUUACCCCAAAGCCCUUGAGGACGCAAACAAAGUGGUGGAAAUCAAGCCUGACUGGUCCAAAGGCUGGGGUAGAAAGGGAACUGCUCUUCACGGAGUACGUGAUCUUGUCGGAGCAACCGAAGCCUUCGAGGAGGCCCUCAAACUCGACGCGAACAACGCACAAGCGAAAUCCGGUCUCGACGCCGUCAAGCGUGCUGUUCAGUCCGAAGCACAAGCCGAUGGAGUGGGCGGUAACCCUGCGGGCGGCCUCGGUGGCAUUUUCAACGACCCCCAGAUGAUGCAGAAGCUCGCUGCAAACCCCAAGACCGCAGGCUUGCUUGGAGAUGCCGAAUUCAUGCGCAAGCUCCAGCAAUUGCAACAAAACCCCAACGAUGUGGGAAUGGCAAUGCAAGACCCUAGGUUCUUGCAGGUGAUGAGCGUACUGCUAGGAAUCGAUAUGCAGUUCGGCCAACCACCCGAGGGUGCUCAGCAAGCCGGUGCUGCCACCGAGGCCGAGGAGGAUGUCGAGAUGCCUGACGCAAAGCCAGCACCGAGAGAAGAGCCUAAGAAGGAGCCCGAGCCGGAGCCAGUUGAGGAGACUGAAGAAGAGAAAGCGGCAAAGGAAGCCAAAGCCAAAGCGGACGAGGAAAAGAAGAAGGGCACCGAGUUCUACAAGAAGCGCCAGUUCGACCAGGCUAUUGAACACUACAACAAGGCCUGGGAGACCCACAAGGACAUUACAUACCUCACCAACCUUGGUGCAGCCAAGUUCGAGAAGGGCGACUACCCCGGGUGUAUCGAGGCUUGUCAACAAGCUGUUGAGUACGGUCGUGAGAUUUUGGCCGACUUCAAAAUCAUCGCAAAGGCUUUCGCCCGCAUUGGAACUGCCUAUGAGAAGCAGGGCGAUUUGACCAAUGCCGUUCUCUUCUACCAAAAAGCACAGACAGAGCACCGGACACCCGAGGUUCUCGCUAAGCUUCGCGCUGCAGAGAAGGCGAAGAUUGUGGCGGAGAAGAACGCUUACAUCGACCCGGAGAAGGCCGAAGAGGCGCGCGCUCUUGGAAACGCCAAAUUCAAGGAAGCCGACUGGCCCGCAGCCGUGGAGGCCUACUCUGAGAUGAUCAAGCGUGCACCAGAAGAUGCCCGUGGAUAUUCCAACCGAGCUGCCUGCUUCAUCAAACUUCUUUCAUUCCCCUCGGCUCUGACGGACUGCGAUGAAGCUAUCAAGCGCGAUCCCAAGUUUGUUCGAGCCUACUUGCGCAAGGCACAGGCUUACUUCGCUAUGCGGGAAUACAACAAGUGUAUCGACGUAUGCACGGAAGCCAUGGCCGCGGAUGAGGGGGGCAAGAACACCCGCGAGAUCCGAGAGCAGGAGCAAAAGGCCAUGCAAGCGCAGUACUCUGCACGUGAGGGCGAGACGGAGGAGCAGACCAUGGAGCGUAUCCAGAGGGACCCUGACAUCGUUGCUAUCCUUCAAGACCCCAUCAUGCAAAGCAUCCUGCAACAGGCCAAGGAUGAUCCUGCUGCGCUCCAGGAGCAUCUCAAGAACCCUGGUAUCCGAGCUAAGAUCCAGAAGUUGGUGGCCGCGGGUGUAAUCCGCAUGGGACGAUAA